GCUAGUAGAAAAAUAUAUAAGACUAGUUUGCUGAAUUGUGCAGAAGAUGUAAAAGAUGAUGACCAUGACCUUGACUCUAUUCUUGAAAACAUGGCAAUCAAACUUACAGCUGAAGAACUUAAUGAUGUACCAGUUGCUUCAGAUGCUUCAGAUGUACCAGUUGAUGGCAUGGAUCAUCAUAUCCUUGGACCAGACUUCACGAUUCAAGCUAAUGGGAACUUUGAUGUUGGUAUCUUAAUGGAUGGAAUGGAUGGAAUAAAAGCCAAAACAGGAGAGGUUGAGGUCAAUGACAUGAAAAAAGUUCCAGGAAACAGAGGGAUAGAACUCAAAGAUAAGAAACAGGGAGAGUUGGUGAACAAUCUGCCAGUCGAUGGAGAGAUUAUUGAUGUCGAUAAAAUGGAUUCUCCUUUGCAAACUAUGGGGAUGAACCUUUCAGAAGAGGAAAUUAAUGAUCUGACACGUGAUCUACCAGCCGAUGUUCAUGCGAAGGUUGAAAUGAGAACGCAUAUGGAUGGAAUGAAACCUUUUACAGGAAAAAAGGUUCAUGUCAGUGAUCUGGAGAAAGUUCUGGGAAGCAUGGGGAUCGAGCUCACAGCUGAGGAGCUUAAAAAGCUGCAGGAAACUCUGCCAAUUGAUGCUGCUGGAAACGUAUUUCAGAAUGCAAUGUUGGAUGGGGUGAAAUCCACUCAGGCAGGCAAAGUUAAGGUGAAUAACCUGGACACUGUCCUGGAAAACUUGGGAAUCAAGCUCACACAAAAGGAACACGAAGAUGUGACAGAAAAUCUACCGCUUACCGCUAAUGGGAAGGUUGAGCUCAGCACAUUGAUGGAUGCAGUGGCCACUGUUACAGGAGGAGAAGUUAAUGUCAGUGAUAUUCAAAGUAUUCUGGAAAAAAUGGGGAUAGAGCUCACAGAUAAGGAGUGCUCAAAACUAAAGAAAUAUCUGCCAGUCAAUGCUGUUGGAAAGGUGUACCAAAACAGGUUGAUGGAUGGUGUAAAAACCCUUAAAGGAGGGAUUGUUGAUGUUGCUAACCUAGACACUGCUUUGCAAAACAUGGGAAUGAAUCUCACAGGAAUGGAAAAGAGCGAUUUGAUAAAGAACCUACCUGUUGAUGAUAAUGGGAAGGUUGAAGUGAAAAAGUUAAUGGAUGCAUUGAAAAUGUUUUCUGGAAAAAAGAUUGAUGCCAACGAUCUGCUAAAGGUCUUGGCAGCCAUGGGGAUCGAGCUCCCUGAAAAGGAACUAGUGAGGCUGAGACAGACGGUACCUAUCGACGGUGAGCCAUCUGCUGGAAAGGUGUAUAAGAACAGAUUGUUGGAUGGUGUGAAGUCUGUAAAAGGAGGAAUGGUUAAAGCCAAUAACCUAGACAAUGUUCUGGAAAAUCUGGGAAUUGAACUCACAGAAAAGGAACGUGAAGCUCUGGCAGAAAAUCUGCCACUUAGUGCUAAUGGGAAGACUGAGCUCAAAAAAUUGAUGGAAGCAGUGGAAACUAUUACAGGGGGAGAGGUUGAUGUCAGUGAUGUAGGAGAUGUUCUGGAAAACAUGGGAGUAACUGUCACAGAUAAGGAAUGUGUAGAGCUCGUAAAAAACCUGCCAGUUAAUGCUAAAGGAAAAGUCUACAAGAAUAGGUUACUGGAUGGUUUGAAGUCUCUUAAUGUAGGGAUUGUUAAUGCCAAUAAACUUGAUUCAGUUUUGAAAACCAUGGGAUGGAAACUCACAGAAGAUGAAAUUAAGGAUCUCAAAUGCAACCUGCCCACUGAUGUAUAUGGGAGAACUACAAUGAAAAAGUUGUGUAGUGGAUUAAAAGCUUUUACAGGAAAAAAUAUUAAGGUGCAUCAUCUAUCAGAUUUUGUGAGGAACAUGGGUAUUGAGCUAACAGAUAAAGAACAAAAGAGGCUGCUAAAGAAGCUUCCAGUUGAUGCUUCUGGGAAGAUCUAUCAAAAUAGAUUGUUGGAUGGUCUGAAGUCUUUCAAAGGAGGGAAGGUUGAAAGAAGUAAAGCCAAUACUGUUCUGGAAAACAUGGGAAUUGUGCUCACAGGAGAGGGGCUUCAAAGUCUAACAGAUAACCUACCAGUUAACAAUAAUGGGAAGGUUGAUCUUGAUAAAUUGAUGGAUGGAGUGAAAACUCUUACAGCUAAUGGAAAAGUUGAUCUGAAUAAAGUGAUGGAUGGCGUGAAAGCUGUCACAGGAGAAAAUGUUGAUGUCAAUAGCGUUAAAGCUGUUCUGGGAAACAUGGGGAUCGAGCUCAAAGGUAAAGAAUGCUUGGAGCUGGUGAAAACUCUUCCUUUUAAGGAUGAUGACAAGAUCUUUCAAAACAGGUUGCUAGAAGUUGUGAUGUCUCUAAAAGAUGGGAAAGUCAAUGUCAACGACUUGAACGCAAUACUGGAUAAUAUGGGAAUCAAGCUCUCAGAUAAGGAACUUGAGGCUCUGACUCAAAAUCUCCCUGGUGAUGUUGAUAAGAGGACUUCUCCUAAAACACCGAUGAAGGAACUGCAAACUUUUACAGAUGAGAAGGUCGAUUCUAAUGACCUGAAAAUUUUCCUGGGAAGCCUGGGGAUUGAGCUCACAGAUCAGGAAAAAGAGAAGCUACUGAAAACACUGCCAAUUGACGCUGCUGGAAAGGUAUAUCACAACAGGUUGCUAAAGGGUGUGAAAUGUCUCAAUGGGGGAAAGGUUCUUGUAAAUAACCUGGACAACACCCUUAAAAAAUUGGGACUUGAGCUCACGGAAGAGGAACUUGCAAAGCUGUCAAAAAAUCUACAAGUUGAUGCUAAUGGAAUGGUUGGUCUGAAAGAGGUGAUGGAUGGAGUAAAAGCUACUACAGGAGGGGAGGUUGAUGUCAAAGAUGUGAAAGCUAUUCUGAAAAACAUGGGAAUAGAGUUCACAGAUAAGGAACGUUUGAAGCUGCUGAAAAAUCUGCCUUUCAAUGAUGAUAACAAGGUCUUUAAGAACAGGUUGCUAGAUGGUGUGAAGUCCCUUAAAGUUGAUGAGAAAAUUCCUCUAGAAACACUGAUGGAAAACAUCACAGAUUUUACAGGUGAGAAGAUUGAAUCUAGUGAGCUAAAAAAUGUUCUGGGAAAUCUCGGAAUUGAGCUCACAGAUAAGGAACUAGAGAAGCUGCUGAAAAUACUGCCAAUUGAUGCCAAUGGAAAGUUAUAUCGUAAUAGACUACUGAAGGCUAUGAAGUCUCUCAAAACAAACGGGAAUGUUGAUCUGCAUGACGUGAUGGAAGGAAUGAAAGCUAUUACAGGGAAAGUUGACAUCAAAAACCUGGAAACCGUUCUAGGUGACAUGGGAAUCAAGCUCACAGACCAGGAACUUGAAGAUCUGAAAGAAAACCUGCCAGUCAGUGUUGAUAAUACAGUUGCUCUGAAAACUUUGAAGGAUGAAGUGAAAGCUUUUACAGGAGAAAAGGUUGAUUCCAGGGACCUACAAAAUACUCUAAAAGACAUGGGGAUUGAGCUUACAGACAAGGAGGCCAAGCAACUGAGGAAAACACUGCCCCUUGAUGCCCAUGGAAAGGUGUUUCAAAGCAGGUUGCUGAAGGAUGUGAAGUAUAAUAAAAGAGGGAAGAUUGAUGUAAAUAACCUGGAUCCUGUUUUAGAAGCCAUGGAGGUCAAGCUGACAGAAAAGGAACUGAAUCUGUUAAAGGAUCUUCUGCGUGGCUCUAAGAAAGUUGAUCUGCAAAAACUGAUGGAAAAAGUAGAAGCUGUUACAGAUGGAAAGGUCUAUCGAAGAAGGUUGCUGGAUGGUAUAAAGUUUCUUAAAGGAGGGAAGAUUGAUUCCAGUAAAGUGGAUGAAGUUUUGGGAGCUAUGGGCAUGGACCUCACUGAAAAGGAGCUUAAAGACAUAAUGCAAAAUCUGCCAGUUAAUGUUAAAGGCAAGGUUGAUCUGGAAAAGCUGAUGAAUGAAGUGAAAUCUUUUUCGGGAGACAAAGUUGAUGCCAAUAGACUUCAAAGUGUUUUCGAAAACUUGGGGAUUAAGCUCACACCUAAUGAACAUUUGAACUUGCUGAAGACACUGCCACUUGAUGCUGAUGGAAAAUUGUAUAAGAAAAGGUUGAUGAAGGGCAUAAAGUCUCUCAAACGAGGCAGUGUUGAUGUCAAUAAGCUGGACACUCUUUUAGAAAACAUGGGAAUCAGCAUCACAGAAGGAGAAUUCAUGGAUCUGAUAGAAAGAUUGCCAGAUGAUGAUAAAGGGAAGGUCAAACUAGAUACAUUGAUUGAAGAAUUGAGUUCUGUUUUAGGAAAGCAAGUUGAUGUCAGUGAUGUAGACAGUGCUCUGAAAGACAUGAAAGUUGAGGUCACAGACAAGGAAUACUUUAAUUUAGUAAAAACUACCAGUUGAUGCUGAAGGAAAGGUGUAUCAAAAAAGGCUGCUGGAUGGUGUGAAGGCUCUUCAAAGAGGAAAGGUGGCUAUGAAUAACCUCGUCCCAUUUCUGGAAAAUAUGGGGAUUAAGCUGUCACACAAAGAACUUGAAGAUUUUUCACAAAACCUACCAGUUGAUGGUGGUGGGAAGGUUGAUCUGAAAAAUGUGACAAUGAAAAUGAAAGUUUACAGGAGAAAAGAUUGAUGCCACAGAUCUGAAAAACAUUCUUGGAGAC